GAAACAUGAGCUUUCAUUAACACUGCCUUUUGGCGUAACGGUUAAGGGACGACAGUCUUGACCUACUUACAGCUCGCUCUCUCACUUAUAUAUUUAAUCUCUGUAUAUCUCGUCCGCCACCCGUAAUCAUCGUCUCUUAACCUUCGCGAAUCUAGGCAGACCGUCAUGCCCGUUUUCUUCGUCGUGCUGAAAACCGAAUUAUUUCCUGUUCGAGUUUCUGACGACGCUAGCAUCUUUGAUAUCUUUGACUCCCUCAAAUCCACAUCGGAGGUAGCGCGUCGCAUUUUCGGUAGAACCUUGUGUGAUCAAUACGAGUAUUACCUACUCAAGAACCCCGUGCCACUCCCUCGUCGUAUCACAAACAGUAACUCCGCCGCGACCGUCCAGGCAUGUCUGGAUGAGCGCAGAUGGGAAGCAGUGUCUGCCGUCGAUACCUUGGAUGGACUGGUUCCAACUUUAGUUGCUAGGCAUGUUUACAUGGUGAUUCAGCCUUGCAGCGAUCCAACACAGACAGCUAUCGCAGGCCUCGAGGCAAAUCAUGGAGAUAUAUUUAGCUGCCUGCAGAUCACAGUAGCCAACCUGCAACGGUGGACGAUGGAGGACGUCGAAAAUAACUUGCAAGGUGGCCGUUUGUGGCGUUCGGUGAAUUUACUUGACGAUGAUUACCCUGCCGCAAUCGCCGUGAUAGAGGAAUCCUUGGCCCGGCGCCGUACAUUCAAUCUCUCUCCAGCGGAAGCCCAAGCGAACAAGGACUUACAACAUGCUUACGAACACGAUAGACUUUUUCGGGCCAUAUAUGAGGAGACUCCGAACGUGGUGCACAAUGUGACCGAUCGGGAAUUCGCAACAUUCUUCCAUGUCGUUCGGUGCUUUGGCGAGGACUCAACACGCAUAAAGAGCGACGGAUCCUCCGCCAUGAAGGCCAGCAACUUCGUUGUGUAUUUUAUAUCGCCGGCUUUCUUUUCUUCUUUCAAUGAACAUUUCGAAUUCAAGCAAGAGAAGGCCUGGGGCUUCCCCAUAUUCGUCGGUACUCGUGAUCAACCCAACGCUUGGUGCCAAUUUCGCCCGAGGAGCGAUUUCAUGGUUUCGUCGCGCUUGUUUCUUUGUCCGCUCCUCAUCUCCGAAGUGGUUUUGCAGGGUAAUGAGCAAGAUCGAUACCGUAUGCUACUCCAAGCCAUCGCUGUUGCGCGGGCAGGGCAGUACUUGAUUCAGGCAGGAUCACAGUUUUUCGUCGUCGCAAUCUAUCUUCGUGCAAAUUUGAUUGUGGAAAGAUAUAUAAUUGCCCAUAUUGUGCCGGAAGGCGAGGAAAACAAGGAAAAUGAAGACAGUGAGGAAAACGAAGACAAUGAGGGAAGAGGGGAAAGCGAGGAAAGCCAGGUACACAUUUCUCAGAAAGAUUUUGACCUUACCACGGCAGGUGGUGCGGUCGCAUUCCUUCGUGAGAUGUACAAUCUCGUGGCACUAGUUGAACAAAUGGCCGCGAAUCUUGAUGGCGCCAAAAAGGAUAACCUUCUUAACGUCAAGAUGGCUGCUUCCAAGGUGAUCUCCCUCUCAUCUAAGGCUACGCAGAGACAGCCGACCCUAUCGGCAUUGGCCCCAAUACCUGAGGGUGAUGGAGAUGAGGCUCAAGAUGAUCUCGGCGUAUUUGGUGCGGAUGAUAUCCAAGCUCUUCUAAGGAGGAUGAAUUACAAGAUCAACUUCAUUCUUUUCGGGUGUCGAAUGUUGCCUGACGAGUCAGAGAAUGGAUACCUGAAGUUCGUGGAAGAAGGGCGGAAGGAAAUUGAAAUCUUGCAGUACCUCGCAGGGAUUAAUUCCCCUGCGAACCAUACCAUCUCCGACUUCCGCAUCUGGCCCGUACGCGGCGGCAACGUCAUAUCAAUGCCUGUGGCUGGCGGUUGGCUUACGAGCCUAGGAAACCCUAAUGCGCACCUGUGGUCUGUGGCUAAACAGCUGUUCGAAGCAGUGGAAUUCAUGCACCGACAUGGCGUGGCGCACAUGGAUCUGAAGCCACAAAACAUCUUGAUCCCUCCCGCUGGCGGCCGUCUGUCUAUAAUCGACUUUAACACGUCCUUGCGCGUCAAGGGCAUCAGACAGAGGUUCCGCGGCAGUGUGGGCACUACCGGGUAUAUUGCACCCGAGGUAGCUGCUGGUGGCCUCUACAGCGCGAUCCGGGCGGACUUGUGGUCCUGUGGAAAGACAUUAGAGGAGCUAUGUCGCAAGUGUCGCAAAUCCAGGGAUCGCGAUACACUACUCGAGAUAUGUUGGCAACUUAUGGAUGAAGACCCAGAAAAGCGACCAACAAUGUCGGAUGUGUUGGAGAGGCUGGCCCAUUGUCACGUUGAUGCUACCAUCCGACGAGGUUCCCAAAGGUAA